AUGCCGGAAGACAAGAUCCUCAACGACAUCUCGCACCGCCGUUUCAACCCUCUGCGCGGGUCUUGGAUCCUCGUUUCGCCACACCGCACGAAGCGGCCAUGGCAAGGACAGCAGGAAUCGCCGUCGAAGGUUACGCUCCCGGAUUACGACCCGGAGUGCUACCUCUGCCCCGGGAACAAGCGCGCUGCGGGCGACGUCAACCCGGACUACAAGGAGACCUUUGUGUUCGUCAAUGACUACAGCGCCGUCAAAGAGGACCAGCCCGACUACAUCGAGCCUCUUGCGGAGUCUGCAGACGACAAGUCCCCCCUCCUCCUGCGCGCAACUGCCACAAAGGGCAAAUGCUACGUAAUAACCUUCAACCCAACCCACAACCUCACCCUCGCCGACCUCCCCCCCGCCGACAUUGUCCCCAUAAUCAACACCUGGACCUCCAUCUACACCGCGCACCUCCCACCCUCCCACCCACACUACGCCCCCACCCCCGCAAUCACCCCGCCCCGCGAGCAAUACACCUACCUGCAGAUCUUCGAAAACAAAGGCGCCGCCAUGGGCUGCUCCAACCCGCACCCGCACGGCCAAGUCUGGAGCACCAUCGGCGUCCCCGAAGAGCCCGCGCUCGAGCUCCAGCACAUGGCCGCCUACCAGGCCGCGCACGGCACCGGCCUGCUCGCCGACUACGUCGCGCUCGAGCUGCGCAAGAAGGAGCGCGUCGUGUUCGCCAACGCGCACUUUGCCGCGCUGUGCCCGUGGUGGGCCGUGUGGCCGUUUGAGACGAUGGUGGUGGCGGUGCGGCAGGUGGCGAGUCUGGCGGAGCUGACGGACGAGGAGAGGGUGGGGCUGGCGGAGGUGGUCGCCCAGGUGACGAAGCGCUAUGAUAAUCUGUUUGAGACGUCGUUUCCGUAUAGUAUGGGCGUGCAUCAGGCGCCGCUGGUGUGUAGUGAGGAGGAGAGGGCGGCGAGUCAUCUGCAUUUGCACUUUUAUCCGCCGUUGUUGAGGAGUGCGAGUGUCAGGAAGUUUUUGGUGGGGUAUGAGAUGAUGGCGGAGCCGCAGAGGGAUAUUACGCCGGAGCAGGCGGCGGAGAGGUUGAGGAAUCUGAAGGGUGAUGAGGUGUAUAGAAAGUAUUUAUAG